CUGGUGUACCCGUAUGACUUCAGGCUAACGGAGAAAGAGAAAACUAGUAUCUGCUACUUGUCCUUCCCGGACUCCUACUCAGGUGGCCUGGGGGAUACUCAAUUUAGCUUCCGCCUUCGUCAGUCAGGGGGACAGAGGAGCUCUCCUUAUGAGGAUGAUGGCGAGUACAAUAGAGAAGCGCCCCUGACGCUGCAGCGGGAGGCGGCUCAUUAUUUUGGUUACGUGUACUUCAGGCAAGUCAAGGACAGCUCCAUGAAGAGGGGUUAUUUUCAGAAGUCCUUGGUGCUGGUGUCACGCCUUCCGUACGUGAACUUGUUCCAGUCCUUGCUGCAGCUGAUUGCUCCGGAAUACUUCGACAAGCUGGAGCCGUGCCUGGAGGCAGUGUGCAACGAGAUCGAUCAGUGGCCGCCUCCUGUGCCGGGACAGUCUCUGAACCUUCCGGUGAUGGGAGUUGUCAUUCAGGUGAGAAUCCCAUCAAGGGUGGACAAGCCAGGAUCAAGCCCGGUGAAGCAGUUCAAUCAGGAGAAUUUGUUACCAGCCCCACUGGUUCUCCCCAGUAUUCACGAACUGGAUCUUUUCAGGUGUUUCCAGCCAGUGCUAAUCCAUAUCCAGAUGUUGUGGGAGCUGGUGUUACUGGGAGAGCCAAUUGUUGUCAUGGCACCAUCCCCUACAGUCUCUUCAGAAAUGGUUCUGGCGCUUACCAGCUGCCUUGCUCCUCUGCGGUACUGCUGUGACUACCGGCCCUAUUUUACCAUCCACGACAGUGAAUUUAAGGAGUACACCACCAGGACACAAGCUCCGCCAAACAUUGUUGUGGGAGUCACAAACCCUUUCUUUAUCAAAACUCUCCAGCACUGGCCACACAUUCUUCGGGUCGGGGAGCUCCGAAUGUCAGGAGACCUGCCCAAACAAGUUAAAGUGAAGAAGCUAGCUAAACUAAAAACUCUAGACACAAAACCAGGAAUCUAUACUUCCUAUAAAACAUUCCUUCACAAAGACAAAACCUUGAUAAAAAGAUUACUAAAGGGGAUUCAGCGGAAACGCCCGUCGGAAGUCCAGAGCGCCCUUCUGAGGCGUCACCUCCUGGAGCUCACCCAGAGCUUCAUUAUUCCUCUGGAGCAUUAUAUUGCAAGUCUGAUGCCUCUGCAGAGGGCCAUUACACCAUGGAAGAAUCCUCCCCAGAUUCGGCCUUUCCGACAGGAAGAUUUCAUGAAGACCCUGGAGCAUGCCGGUCCCCAGCUCACCUGUGUCCUGAAGGGCGACUGGCUGGGCCUCUACAGGCGUUUCUUCAGGUCUCCCAACUUUGAUGGCUGGUACCGCCAGAGGCACAAGGAAAUGACGCAGAAGCUGGAGGCCCUUCACUUGGAGGCGAUUUGUGAAGCGAACAUCGUGGCCUGGAUGAAGGACAAGUCCGAAGUGGAGAUUGUAGACCUGGUGCUAAAACUUCGUGAGAAGCUGGUAAGAGCCAGGUGCCAGCACCUCCCUGUGAAGGAGGAAACGCUGCAGCGAGUGGGCCUGUACAUUGAGACCAUCAUUGGCUCCUUGCCCGAGGACCUCCAGGCUGUGCUGCACCACCACUGA